GCGCUCCUCUCUGCCUUUGGAUCGCCAAAACUUUGGAUGCCCGAUUGCAUCUUGACAACUGUCCAGGGUUUCGGUAUUGGCUCGAAGCGGGUCAUUGCCUUUGGCGCAAACCCGGACGUCAUGAGCCAGGAAACUCUCAAUAGCGUCGACAUUCAACGCUAUAGCGUUCGUCUUCACAUAACCCGAGAUGACCUUCCUGGGAUUGAAUCAUACGCAACCUUUUUCUUAAAGCAAACUUCUCGUCACAAGACGGAGAUGACAUGGUUAGCGGAAUCGUCAAUUGGUGACGAAAAGGGCAGGGCUGACCUAAAAUUUUGGUGUGAUCAAACUUACCGGGGGUUUGAAGCAAGCCUCAACAAAUUGCUGGCGGAGUAA